AUUUCAAGUGAAGUGCUGAUUUAAGUGUUGUUCGAGCUGCAAUUAAGAAACUACACGUUCAUAUGCAACAACAACAACCACAACAACAACCAUAACAACAACAGCAACAACUGGAUACACUUUGAAGCUUUUGACUAGCAGGCAAGCAACAUGCUCCUGGCGCGCAGGCCGCAGCUCCAACAACAACAGCAACAAUCCGCCUAUGCGCCAACACCACCACAGCUUUUCAUCGCACUAAUCUCGUGCCUCUAUUGGUUUCGCUGCACGGCGCACUGUUGGCAAUUCGAUGGCGGUGGACCGGGCGCUCUGGGGCCGCGACCCAGUCCAGGCUACGCGACUCUGCCUCCGAUGCUGCGCCCACCACGCAACACAGCGCGUGUGUUGGCCCGCGGUCCACCGCCGGGCAAUGGUGGAGGUCGUGGAUUUGCCGCCCUGCUCGGCUCCCAACAACAAGACGUGCUGUAUGCCUGUCCCCUCAACUCGAUGUGCCAGUGUGCGGGGCUGCCUAAUGAGACAAACACGCUCAUCGAGAUCAACUGCAAUGAGGUGGCGCUCUAUAAGUUUCCAGGACAAGAGAAACACAACAGCAACAAUAAUGGCCAGGGACCCUAG